GCAGCGUAGCUGCUCUCAGAUGGCUGUUUCCAUAGCAACACAUGGAGGCUGUGCGAACGCUGUGAUAUAAAACACACGCUGUUUCUUUAGACGAGACUCAGAAACUCUGAGCAGCCUGCCGGUAACCACUACAAACUCAUUCAGAUCCAAAUCCCUCAAACAUUUGAGUCCUGAGCGAUGAUGCUGAGGCCAAAAGAUUUGUGUCAGGGCUCUGGCACGAAAACUUUUCUGGAAGCCAUGCAGAGCGGCAAAGUUCACCUCGCUCGCUUCGUGCUGGACGCUUUGGAUGGACGCAUUAUCAACUCCAAGGCCGACGGCGGGCGUACGCUACUAAUGCACGCGGUGUGCAUUCAGGAUAACGGGCCGAGGUCGAAAUUCACCCACUUGCUUUUGGAGAAAGGUGCAGAUGUGAAUAUCCGCGAUGAGCAAGGUCGCACGAGUUUGAGUCUCGCUUGUGAACUCGGACAUCUGGAUGCCGUUAAGCUCCUGGUCCAGUUCAACGCUGACCCUGAACUCACUGACACGUGGGGCAACAGCGCCUUAAUGUACGCGGCCUGCGGAGGACACAACCACGUUUUGGAGUUCCUGGUCAGGGCGUUUAAGAAGUUAGGCCUACGGGUGGAUCGCACGAACCACGCAGGCCAUUCUGCAGUCCAAGUGGCAGACUUUUUCGGCCACAACCAGUGCGUCCAAGCUCUUAACUGUGGAAAGAAGGUCGUCAGUCCUACUGACAGCACGGGAGAACCGGCGGAAGAUCUCAGGUGGCCUAAUCGCCUUCCCAAGCAGGUUUUGGAGAGAUUCACCAGAGCGAAAAUUCAAAGCAAAAAUGAAGACCCAUUCCCUGCCUUGUUUCAGAGACAGCUACGCGUAGGAGACAGCAACGGCCUGCGAAUACGCUUUCGACGGUCACCCCAUUCCCCGGACAGCAUGGUUUCAGGCCAUUGCCAAGCCAUAAACAGAAUGCCUGAGAGAUGUCCGGCCGAAGACGGACAGGAUCUGUUAUUUACCUCCAAACAAAUUCACAACUCGCUCCUCAAAGAAACUGGCAGCACCAGAAAGAUGGAUUUCGCUUCAGAGCGCUGCCAAACUGUUAGGCAUGAGAGCGAUGAGACGCCGCUCUGGGGAAAAGCCAAAUCCUUCAACCUGGACCUCAGAAGCAACAGAAAACAAUCGUAUCAAGGUGACGUUCAGGAAAUCAGAUCUGCCAGUAAAUUUAAAAGAGCAUCUCUUCAGGACGAGAAACCUCUCGUGGCAAAGUUUUAUUGCCAACUCAACACGAAUAAAAAUGAUGCCAACAAGUCAGAAAAUCUGGAAGGGGUCAAAGAUGCUCACAAUUGUGGUGGGAUUCCCAAAACGGGCAGACAGCACAAACUUCUCUUCAAUCGAGCAGAAGUGGAACCCGAGAGGCUCAAAUCUCAUUCUUCAAGUCUCACCGGAUUAGGAACCAGAUUACUGCGCAGAUUCACAGCUCCAGAAUUCAUGAGACACAUCCGAGACUCUCCGAGCGACGCGGGUCACAGUAAAGUCAAGAUGUCUCGCUCUGAAACCUUUCCGUUAUCAUACACACAUCAGAGAGUCAACAGUCAACCCAGUGUAGACAGCAUCAGUGCCGUGAGAUGUGAGUUUGAAAAUAAUUCGACUGCAUUUCAUUCCUAAUCCAGAGAUAAUCAUCAUCAUCAUCAUCAUCAUCACAGAUAUAUAAAUGCAUUAUAUUAAGCCUAAUUUAUGGCUGUUUAGAAUGAUCAGGAAUAUAAAUGUCAAAUCUAAGUCACAGAUGUUUAAUAUUUUAUACUAAAUUAAUAUAAAAGCUUUGCUCUCUUGAGAAUUGUAACUGCUGUUAUUGUCUCUGUAGAUGAGCUCAUGUUGCUUCUAAUGAACAGAUUUGAUUAUUGCACCGUGAUCAGUAUAUAGUGCUUUCAUCAUGUUUUAUUUUUAUAAGUGUGUGUUAUCUUUAAAACUAAGAAAAUUAUAUACAUUGUUUAAAUGUGCUUACAUGUAAAAUGUAAAUCAUUUGUUUUGUCUUUUGAUAAACAUAUAUGCUGUAUAAAUAAAACAAAUAUGUAAAACA